AUGGGUAGCGACAGUUCUAAGCUGCCCGACGGGCAAGAGGAGUUGGAGGAAGACGACGCCUUUACCAGCGUGCAGGUGCCCGCGGCCGCCUUCCUGGGCUCCGGGACCCCCGGGAGUGCGAGCGGCAGUCGGGGCCGCCUGAACUCGCUCACUCAGGGAAUCCUGCCCAUCGCCUUCUCCAGGCAGACCUCUCAGAACUACUGCUCCCUGGAGCACGCGGGCCAGGUCUGCAGCACCAGCGCCCUGGAGCAGCUGCAGAGGUCCCGACGUCGCCUAAUCUCCCAGAGAUCGUCCUUGGAGACCCUGGAAGAUAUUGAAGAGAAUGCCCCCCUACGGAGAUGUCGAACUCUCUCAGGUUCUCCCAGACCAAAGAACUUUAAGAAGAUUCAUUUUAUCAAGAACAUGCGGCAACAUGACACAAGGAAUGGCAGAAUAGUCCUUAUCAGUGGCAGAAGAUCCUUCUGUAGUAUAUUUUCGGUGCUGCCGUAUCGCGACAGCGCCCACGCCGGGGAUUUGAAGUUGGAUGGAGGGAGACAAUCAACAGGUGCCGUGAGCUUGAAAGAGGUCAUUGGCCUUGAAGGCGUGGAGCUGGGAGCUGACGGGAAGACUGUUUCUUAUACCCAAUUUCUGUUACCCACAAAUGCCUUUGGAGGCCGGAGAAAUACCAUCGACUCUACCUCCUCCUUCUCCCAGUUUCGUAACCUGAGCCAUCGCAGCCUCUCCAUAGGACGAGCAAGUAGCACCCAGGGGAGCCUCGACACAGGCAGCGACCUGGGAGACUUUAUGGACUACGACCCAAAUCUCCUGGAUGACCCCCAGUGGCCUUGUGGCAAGCACAAACGAGUUCUGAUCUUUCCUUCAUACAUGACCACAGUAAUCGACUACGUGAAGCCCUCAGAUCUCAAGAAGGACAUGAAUGAGACCUUCAAGGAAAAGUUUCCUCACAUUAAGUUAACACUCAGCAAAAUAAGGAGCCUGAAGCGAGAAAUGCGGAAGCUCGCUCAGGAGGACUGUGGCUUCGAGGAGCCCACGGUGGCCAUGGCCUUUGUCUACUUUGAGAAGCUCGCCCUCAAGGGAAAGCUAAACAAACAGAACCGGAAGCUUUGUGCUGGAGCAUGUGUGCUGUUAGCAGCCAAAAUCGGAAGCGACCUCAAAAAGCACGAAGUCAAACAUCUAAUUGAUAAACUGGAAGAGAAGUUCCGGCUGAAUAGACGAGAACUGAUUGCCUUUGAAUUCCCAGUGUUAGUGGCCUUGGAGUUUGCCCUUCAUCUGCCAGAGCACGAAGUCAUGCCCCAUUACAGACGCCUGGUCCAGAGCUCCUAGCAUAGGCCCCCAGGAGGGCCGGGACCACUUCCGCGAGCUCGGUGGAGCUGCACUACUACUGGAAAUGCAGAAAUAGAACUCAACAUACCGAACUUUUCCCUCUCAACAAACUCGUCGUUUUUGUGUAGAAGCAGUGCCGGAAUCUUUUCAGGGAGUCUUUGGUCUCGCUAGCAGAGAUGAGCUGUGAGCUGGUCACUACUCAGCAGGGGAAGGGGAGACCCGGGCCGGAGAUGCAGAGGCCCUUCCAGCUCUCCACUAGCAAGAGUUCUUAGCCAUCUCCAUCCCAACCCUCCUCCGGGGCACACACAAACCUUGCAAGCGUGGUCCAGAACCUUCUCUCCAGACCCACCCCAACUCAGCACGUGAAGUUCUAGAGCGGAGAGGGGAAGGCAAUUUGCAGAACUUGGGGGAAAGCUUUUAAAAGAUACCCUCACAGUGUCAAAAGAGCGUGCCAAUCUAUUUUUGUAUCAGCUGUUGAAGUGCACUUUCCCCCGGGGCGUGUGCCUGAGUGAGUGUGACUGUCUGAGAGGCCGCAUCAGCCCUGUCCCAAAGCCGGCGCCACCCUUAGAGCAGGCCUCAGCCUGGGGUCCCGAGCCAGGCUGACCUGGCACUUAUUUCUGGAUAACCUCUGGAUAAUAAUCACUCUCUCUGUACCAGAUGGUCUGACAUCCUCUGCCCUUAGAAAAUGACCUUGUUUCUGUUACUUCUACCACCCACGGGACAAAAGCAAGCUCUCGGUGUCGAAUGGGUCCCGUGGGAAGGCGCGGAGUGUGGCGCUCUGUACCCUCCCGCCGCGUACCUUGUGAAUAUAUUUAACCUUCGCACUUUCCCACUGGGGAGACAGCCGGCGUUGCGCUCCGUGGUGUGUGUACUCCUGUGCUCUAUGUUAGAGUGCAAAAUAAGCACAUUUGUUGUGCUACAAUAUAUAAGUGUUUUAUAGACGUCCAUAACAAGGGUAAAAUACAUGAUUAGUAUUUUGAGGCUUUUGACAGCUGGGACCAACUGCAUCCUGAGCUGAGGUUGUGUCCGUUGAAGAGGCAGUGACUUUUAUCGCCACGUAUACGGGGCUGUUAUUACGGAACUUUAACUGUGACUUGUACUGACUUGCUGGGACCACCUGGACGUCACCUCGCCAUCUCUACAUCACCACCUUAUAACCGCAAGAGAGAAGUGCCCACUGGGGUUCACCUGUCUGGAGAAAGC